ACUGUUAGAUUUCUCAAUAAUCAUGGUAAUUUGCACAUUCUUUUUGAAUAAUAGUUGCCGCUUUGGAUCCAAAUGCAUAAAUGACCACAUUGAUUUGUCAUCCGUUAUCAAAUCGGAAGUAGAUGGUACACUCAAAGGUAACCAAUGGCCUCUGUCAUGUUUCGGGCCUUUCAAAGGACGCACGUGUGUGCCGAACUUCAUCGAUGAUUUUAGCUAUGAAGAAAUCAGGAUGAAAUAUCUGGAAGCCAAAAUGCAAAACAAUAUUGCCGAGCAUCAAAUGCAACUGGGAAGAAUGAUUACGGAAGCUAAACAGAAAAUGCAAUGGCUUGCCACAACAAAUCCUAGCAUAAUGAAUAUUUUAAUUGAACUUUAUAACCAGCAAGAGGAUUCAUUAAAACCCACGGUCGGUCAGCCAUCAGGAGUGGUAAAUAAUCCUUUUGCUACACAAAUGGGAAAUUCUGCCCCUGGAUCUACAGCGAAUAUUUUCGGCGGAGGAAAUGCGGGUGGAGGAUUUGGGACAAUGAAUGCUUUUGGCAACUCAGGAGCAACAACAGGUGGUAAUAUUUUUGGAACAUCUAAUAUUUUAGGUGGUGGAACAAGUAGCCCUUCCAUAGGGGGGAAUCUGUUCGCAAAACCUGCGCAAACAGCAACCGCUGCAAGUCCAAACGUAUUUGCUCUGCCAAAUAUAGGUAUUCAACAGCCAACUAAUAACGUGUUUGGAGCACCUCCUGUCUUUGGAAACAAUAAUACAUCAUUGUUUUCGGCUGUCCAAAAGAAUCCGGAUUCAUACUCGGACUCUGGAGGUCCCAUGUUUGGAAACGCCUCACCCGUUUCCGCUGGAAAUAUCUUCACACAACAGGCUCAAUCGGCUUUCGGCCCAGCUACAGCACAAAACAAAAAUAUUUUUGGAAAUUCCUCACAAACUCAACAGGUCGCUGGAACUCUUUUUGCACCCACUCCAGCUCCGCUGAACAGCAACCCUUUUGUAAAUACGCCUUUUGGAGGCACUCAAACUUCAUCCGCCCAAGAACAGCAAAAUAUAUUUGCAUCGGCUUUUACGCAACAACAUGCUCAACAACAAUCAAUACAGACCAACGUAUUUUCCCAAUCGACCCAACAGUCAGCAUCAGCUGGCGGUCUGUUCGUUCCAGCACCACAACCGACCGUGGCCGGUACCUUUGCAGCACCGCAGCAACCCGCAUUUCAGAGCGGCGUCCCAGCAACCGCAGUCUCAACCACAUCUGGUUCUGGUUUAAUAGCGCCAUCCGUUGCUCUCUACAGUCGCAUGGAAGAGCUGAACAAAAAUCAGCUAGAUGCAUUUAAAGCCGAUGCUUUUGAAUUGGGAAAAAUCCCUACAGUGCCACCUCCUCGAGAAUUGUGCAGCUAAUGCAAUUAUGAUUUCAAUAAAC